UCCCCGGACGUCACUCCCACGGAGUUGCAGUGAACGCGGACUUCCCAAAAGUUCACUUUUUUUGGAGUUCGGUCACAGAGGCGAUGCAACUUUAGGAUUUUGACCGCGCCGCGCACAAUAACAGGGCAGCGCCUAGUUUAUUCUAAGCCCCUCCAAAAAAAUAAAAAAAAUGCACAUCUUAGCACGAUUGUUAAAUAGGAAAAGCAGGCGCAGGGAAAUGGACUGGCGGUGGACCGUUCUCGCUCUGAUCCUGAACUUUCACUUUACCCACGGGUCCCCGUCCUAUUAUGACCUGCUCCACGGGUCUGCGUACACCGGAGCGGUCCACAGACACAGGAAUAGGAACUGGUGCGCCUAUGUGGUGCAGAGGAACGUGAGCUGCGUCGUGCAGGGGAACGCGGAGAGCUUCCAGGAGGCUGUGGUGGCCCCCUGCCCGGCCUACCAGCCCGACUGCCAGCAACAAGUGACAUACCAGACAAGGUUUAGACCCACAUACAAGGUUGCCUUCAGGAGGGUCACUGAGUUAGAGUGGAAAUGCUGUCCUGGUUACAGAGGUCCUGACUGUAAAGAAUUAAAACCAUCCACAGGUCGGCAAGAAACACAAGCAGCGCCGUCUUACCUCCCACCAAAUCCUGGAUACACACCCAGACACACACUGAGUAAGAAAUGGGCAGGGAGGAGGGAGACUGCACAUUAUGAUAGUCGACAUGACGUCACAGAUAAGGUGCGUUCCCUCGAAGGUGAAGUUCAGCGUCUCUCCCAGACUGUCUCGGAUCUCCAGUCCACUUUAGCAGGAUUAACCUCCAACCUCCGCACAGACCUGCAGGACGACACAAAAAAGAUGCUGGUGACGCUUCUGAACAACAUGCAUCCUCCAGCAAGUAGCAACAAUGAAGAGGAGACUCCGGCGGUGCUGGACGGGCAUCAGGCUACCAGGGGAGGAAUUGCUGGAGCGAAAGCACUAGAGAAAAUUGAAGCACGUUUAGAUGAUAUUGAUAACGCUCUGCGAGGCAAAGAAGAAGCUUUGGAGGACCUAAAGGCAAUCACAUUGGGUCAUGAUGGUCAGAUACGCGACUUAAUGGAUGCAUCUCAGUCCCAGACUCCAGCCAUAGCUGAGUUUGAACGUAUACAGAUGCAAUUUGAUGGAAAAAUUGAAAAACUGAAGAAAGAGCUGGAUGAGAAUGUGGAGGCACAAAUGGCCAAGUUACAGAAUCUUUGUGACGACAAGAUCUUGAGGGCGGAAAAGACUUGUGAAGACGGCCAUGACCAAGUUCGUGUCAAGUUGACCAAGCUUGUGGAGAGCAAGGAGGCUGAUCUGAGGAAAGAGAUCCGAACAAUCCGUCUGAACAUGGCUGCCUCAGAUGGACCUGUGCAGACACAAAGACAGACAGAAUCAGAGAAGAAGGACUACAGUGACCAUAAAGACAUUUGGCGUGAAAUUGAUCGCAUAGCAGAGGCUUAUCAAAUCCUCAACGUCCGUUUUGACAACGAACUAGGACGUUUAUCCUCCCUUCAGGACCUUGGUGACUUAGGUCUACUGAUUCAAGAGCUGGAAACACGUGUGAAUAUGACUGAAGAAAAUGCAGCAACUCAUUGUUUCUACAUUGAAGAGAAGUUAACGCGAACAAUUGCAGAUGAAGUGGAAGCACUCCGACAGCUGCUGGAUCAGCGUCUGAUCAGCACUGAGGACCAGUUCACGAACAUCCUCGUGGAAAUGAGCAACAAGUCCUUCCCAAGAGGGUCCGACAACUCAGUGGAUGCUCUCCAGGCAGAGGUCAACAAUAACAAGGUCCUUCUCCAGGACCUAAAGGAGAAGGUUAAGGCGGCUGAGGAGUUGUGCACUGCUGGGUGUGCAGGCCCUAAAAUUACAAUUGAUCAAGGGAGCAGUGUCCUCACGCCUAGUCACGUGGACAACAUUGUGAAGGACCUGAGUCGGUACAGGAACGACUUGGAUGUUCUCAACACAGAUGUUAAUUCCAACAAAGAGAAGCUCAAACAACUGGAGAACCUUUUUCAAAGUCAGUCAGUCGGAAACGAGAGACAACUAAAGACUAUGGAGGAUUUCCAGAAGGGGCUGAUCAAUCUUCAAGAUAAUGUGCUUGGCUUGGCUGGCGCUGUCAACGAGCUAACUGACUCCGUGAGUAGAUCCAACCAGGAUAUCCAAAGAAUAAACUCAACGUGCUGCAGUGCAGAGCCUACUGGCCGUGAAGGUCCGUUACAAUCCAGAUCAGCUUCAGUUGAUGGCACCAGCCGUCAGAUACAAGACCUGAGGAGCCGGCUCGAUACGCUUAGCACACAAGUGUCUUCUGAACUGAACAGUUGCAGGCAAAACACCCAAGGCGCUUCUGAUGGGAUCUCAGCAAUAGGUGGACGCGUAAGCCAGCUCGAAAAGAUUUGUGGAAGGUUGGACGGCGUUUCUGUUAACAUCAGAGAAUUGAAAGAUGGGUUGGAGAGACAUGUUGGGGGCCUGCAGAACUGCGUCCAAAGGAUGAACGUGACUUGUGGGAAUCACGGAGCAGACAUCGCCGCGCUGUCCAAUUCCUUGCGGAAGCUCCAGGCACAGAUGUCCAUGAUAACCAAGCAUGUUUUGAAAGACGUCGCUGCUAAAGAGCCAGGAAUGACGCUGAGACCGGAUCACCCCUCUUCUCUGCCCGAUACAACCCAGAGCAGAGCCAGAAUCCAACAAAUCCACAUCCCCAUCGUACAUCCUCCACAGUCUUCCGGCCCCAGCCAGCCGGCUCAGGCCAACAGACACACCAUCAGGAUCGGUAAACCAAACCAGCCCAUGCAACCCCAGCAACCCCGCCUCCCCACGCUGCCUCUGGUUCCUGUAAGACCUGUGGUGGAAACGGGAGAGGCAGGACCUCCGGGAUACAUCCGCCGGCUCAAUGUACGGAGAGGAGCUGAGGACUCACUGAGUAAACCUGUCCAAGGGUUUGCUGGAGCUCCAGGCCAUCCUCCUCUGCAGCCUGAGCCUUCAACGCCUAAGCCAACCAGUCAAGGAGCUACAAUUGUAACAAAAGCACCUUUGAAACCCUUGAAUCAACAUACAGCAGAAUCGCCAGUUUCAGCGGGCAGCGACGUCUCUGUAGGCCAGUUCUCCUUCUCCGCGGGCCUCACAGCGAGCCCGACCUUCAUUGGAGAUUUUAACAUCAUCCGCUUCAACAAGGUGCUGGUCAACGACGGAGGACACUACAGUCCCAACACAGGAACAUUUACUGUGCCGCACCAGGGGCGAUACUUGAUUUCAGGCCUGCUGACGGCGAAGCCCGGGGAGCGCAUCGAUGCCGUUCUUUCCGUUUCGAACCGCAGGGUGCACAGACUGCAGAGCUCGGCCGGGGCCUCGGACAGCGCCGACUGCGCCUACGGGGGGACCGUCUCCUUCAGUCUGAUUCUACCCCUGAGGAAGGGAGACCGCGUCAGGCUGGUGAGAACCGGUGGCCAGCUGGCCACAACCGACACCGGGGAGAUCCUCUCCACCUACAACGCCGUCUACUUGUACUCACCGGCAGCCAAAAGAGAGCCAGAGCGCAGCUGAGCGACAGCAGCAAAGGACUUAUCGGCCGCUCGGACUUGACAAAAUGAUAGAGAAACCAUUUUACACUGACUUGCUGGGAUGCUGCGGUUUAAAAUGCUGUCAUUGUGUGAACGCUCCCAGUUAUACGUUCAUUUAAGAAGCUGUUACAUUGCAAUUAGCAAGCCACUAAUAGAAAGACACCUGAGCACAAGAGGCAGGGUUUGUAUCUAAUAUAUUGAUUGUGAAACGAACUUUUGUAUCUGUUUUGAAUUGUUGUUUACCAAUAAAAUACGUAAAAACUC